AUGCCACCAAAAGGUUGGAGGAAAGAUGCCCAGGGAAACUACCCAACGACUUCCUAUAUCAAGGAGCAGGAAAGCGUUACUAUCCACGAUUUGUUGUUCCCAAGAAGUGUUAUAACGCAUAUGGCAAAAGAAGUUAAUGCCGAUGCCGAAAGGAAGAUACUGUUGAAUAAGGAUACGGCACUGGCCUUGCAAAGGAGCUCUACAGUGUUUGUGAGUCAUUUGUUCAUGUACGCUAGGGAGAUUGCCAAAGAAAAUGAUAGGAAAAGUUGUAAUGUGAAUGACGUUUACGAUGCAUUAGAUAAAAUUGGCUUCGGUGGGUUUAAAUCGAUAAUAAACAGCAAGAUGAUCGCCUACCAAGAAGACUUGGAUUUGAAGAGGAGUUUAAAGUUCUCUGGCGAUAACGGGAAAGUACAAGCUAACGAUACUGAAGACGAAGAACAAGAUGAUGAUGAACAAGAACAACAAGAAGAAGAGGGAGAAGAAAAACAAGAAGCUGAAAAUGAUAACUUCAAGAGACCACGACAAUGA